ACUCCCCCCUUUCCAACCUCCUCCUUCCUCCUCCCCUCCUCGCCAGCCACCAUCAAACCCUCGCCGCAAGAAAGGAGAAAUCAAAUCAAAUCAAGCCAAAACCCCCCUACCCCACAAGGCCGAGCCCCGCGCCAUGGUGGUGUACACGCAGGAGCACGUCUACCGGCACCCGUGGGACCGCGUGACUGCGGCGGCGUGGCGCAAGUUCACGGACCCGGCCUCCCGCACGGCGCUCUCCCACGUCGCCGACGUCCACACGCUGCACCGCCGCCUCGACUCCGACACGGGUCGCCUCCACGCCGCGCGCUCCAUCACGGUGCGGUCCCCGCCGCUCCCCUUCAUCCUGCGCCGCCUCCUCCCGUCCGCCGCGGCCUCCCCCAACGGCGCCGCGCUCUGCCACUGCGUCGAGACCUCGCUCGUCGACGCCCAGCGCCGCGCCAUGGACGUCGUCGUGCGCAACGUCAGCCUCCGGGGCCUCAUCGAGGUCGAGGAGCGCGCGUCCUACAGGCCCCACCCGGACCGCCCCGACGAGUGGACGCAAUUCAAGCAGGAGACAACGAUCCGGUGCCGCCCGCUCGCGGCCCUCGCCGCCGUCGCUGAGAAGGUCGAGACCCGCUGCGCCGAGAGGUUCCUGCAGAACAGCGCCAAGGGGAGGGAGGUCGUCGAGCGGAUCUGCCGGUACCUCGAGGCCGAGUCCGCCGGCGCCGCGCCCUCCGCAGUCUGAUCUGACCUGAUCUGGUUUGCCUGUGGAACCAUUUUGAGCCUCCUAUUGCGCUUGCACCUUGUGAAUUUGAGCUAUUGGAUAAUAUCAGUGUUUUGAUCAAUUGAUGUCUGUGCUGUGGAUGAGAGGCAAAAGUAAUAAAUGUAUCAUUCUUGAAGCUGGGAGUGUAGU